GGGAGCUCAGUGUUGCCCCGCGCGCGGUGUGGGCUAGUUGGUUCUGGCACAUCUACUGCUGGAGGUUACGUGGCCAGCCAAUGUGAAUGUAAAGAAAACGGGAAGCAUGGCUCGAGUCGUUCCUAAACGAAAGAAAACGAAGAGGAAGAGUUUGAUGUAAAACAACCUUAAUAAAGGAUAAAUUCGGAGCGAUGGAUACUUGCUCGAGGUCCUGAAAUGGAAAACAUAUUGAAAGUAAUUUCUGUGUUUAGAGAUGGCGCAUAAGUGAGUCAACCUUUGAAUAUUAUUCUUAAGAUGAGCGACGUCAUUACUGAGAGUGAUAGUCCAAUUGCAAAAGGGUUAUGUCUAUGGAAAAUCAACUGAAUGGAAUUUCCAAUGAAUUUACAAAUCCCCACGGAUUCGAGUCUCGCCAUGAGGUCUAAAACGCGGUGGCAGGCCGGAAAAAACGCGUCGUCAGCAAAAAGCGAAACAGCGGCCUCGUGUCCGGACUCCGUUCGGUCUACCUCAUUUACGUCUCCGGAAGUCUUACAUGCGGUGAACAUUUACCUGAAUUCCCUCAAUUCCUCCCUGAUCCCCAGUGUCUGUUUAUCCUAUGGUUCCCCCUCCCCUUUCUCCUCCCUACUGCUUCCAUGCUUGUCUUCUCCCUACCCCGAAUUCUUCUCUGGAUCAAACGCAGCAGUCAAGGACUCUGAAACGAUUCGCCAUCGGAGCGAAAUGACUCGUGGGGAAACAGCUGCGAAGUGGAUGAUUCCUAGUGAGUUUUCCCCGGCACAAACAAACGAUUCCGAGAGAGAACGAACCGCCAUUCCGUCGGGGACUCGAGCAGCAGCGAUAACGUGUCAUUCCUCGGAGCGAAAGACCGGCCCCAGCUCGAACAGUCCUCCUUCCCCGCCACCUGCCACACCACUCCUAGAUUUCCGCAACAACUUACGGCCGGAGGCAACUCCCCCUGACAAGUGUCAUUCCCUGGGGAAAGGGAUAACGCCCCACGGCAGCGUGCCAUCCGGCAGAGGAGCGGCCCCUCCGAUCCUUCCGCCAUACUCGGCUAGAACCCUCCUCCUCCGCCUCCUCCUCCUCCUCUUCCUCCACGUGGUGGUGGUCUGCCGGUGACUUGAACACACCUGAGAACUCCGUCGGUGAUGGUGGAGGCAACUCCCACAUCCGCCUGGCCACACCCAUACCCUCCCUCCCCGGCCAGCGAUUGAUCUCCUGUAGGCGUGGCGGCAGAAGAACCAUGGAAGUGGUGGCCUUAGAGCGCAGAUCCGAUGCGGUGGGGGAGGAGGCCUCAGGAUGUGGAGUCGGAGAGAGAGAGGGGGGAGGGAGGGAUGGCCGAGAGGGAGAGGGUGGAGGAGGGUGUUGGGGAGGGGCCAAAGUCUCUGAGUGGUGGAGAAGACAGGAAGGAGAAGGAAGGAGAAGAAAACGAAAACCCGGAUGGUUGAGUUUCUCCCUCUGGAUCACUAUGGCUCUCUCCUUGGCCGUCGCCUCGCCUUCGUCAGCCGCACUCGACAACGAGAUCCACGGAAUCCUCGGCACGAAGGCCGAGCCAGAAUUCGGGGAUCCCAUCGAUAAUGUGACGGUAGCAGCGGGUCGAGAAGCCAGGCUCUCUUGUGUCGUCGACAAUCUUGGCAACUUCAGAGUGGGUUGGUUGAAGGUGGAUUCGCAAACCAUACUGAGCCUGCAGAAGCGCGUCGUGACUCACAACACCCGGAUAUCUGUGACACAUGACGAGCACCGCACCUGGAACCUACACAUACGACAAGUGAAGGAAUCCGACAGAGGCUGUUACAUGUGUCAGAUAAAUACGCCCAUUAUGAAGAACAGGGUCGGCUGCAUAGAAGUCCAUGUGCCGCCGGACAUCAUCUACAGCCUGACGUCAUCGGACACGACGGUGAACGAAGGUGACAACGUGAACCUGCGGUGCGUGUCCGAAGGGUACCCGACCCCCGAAAUCAAAUGGAAGCGAGAGGACCAGCGACCCAUCGACAUCAAGUCGUCUAAUUCGCAGAAGGCAUUGGAGAAAGUCACCAGGAAGCAGAUGGGAGCCUAUCUCUGUAUAGCUAGCAACAAGGUCCCUCCUUCUGUCAGCAAACGAAUUAUCGUCAAUGUUAAUUUCUCGCCCGUCGUGAAAGUGGACAACCAGCUGAUCGGGGCGCCCCUGGGCACUGCAGUCACCGUGGAAUGCAAGGUUGAGGCCUUCCCCAAGGCGGUCAACUACUGGGAGAGAGACAACGGGGAGAUGAUGCUCAAUAACAAGAAGUACGAGCUGCUGGAGAUGGUGGACUCUUACCGCGUCACGAUGCAGCUCACCAUCAGGAACUUCACCAGGGAGGACGAAGGCAAAUACAAGUGCAUCUCGACCAACUCUCUCGGGAAGGCAGACACAGGGAUCAGGAUCUACGUCAUCGAAGUUUACACGGCCAAGCCGACGACGGACACCGCCUACAACUCCAUCCAGACGACGACGCAUUCGAAGCUGAGCAACGCCAUCGACACCCGCAAGCGAGAGGGGCAGUCGAAGAUCCGGGAGGGCAUCUCGGGCAUCGACGGGGCGACGGCGUCCCUGGGCAUCGACUUCCCGGACAACAAGCAGAACCGCCAGCGGCAGAUGCAGCGCCUGGACCAGACGGGCGAGGGGCGUGCGAGCAACGGGGUGAGCAUCCUGGGCGGGCCCUUCCAGCAGGGCGACGAAGAGAAUAACCAAGGAGGCAGGAGCAGCGCCUCCUCCGCCUCAGCCACGUCUUCCAUUUCGACUCUCUGGAUGAACAUCUUCCUCCUGAAGGUCCUCGCCGCCUCCUGGGGCAUGAUGGUGCAGUUCGCGCGCGGGGAGGUUUUCUUAUGAGAUGGGUCUCUCUCUCUCUCACUCUCUCUCCCUCUCUCUCUCAUUCCAGCAAACUGGAUUUCACAGACCCGAGGUGUUUUUGUGAUACUAGAACAAAGUCCUCCCCGUGUUAAGGUUUUUUUUUUUUUUUAAGAAAAAGAGAUGAAGUCGUCUCACUUCCUAUUAAUGAUUACAACAUUUGUAUCAAGUCUGUUAGAUGUCAGAGUUAGGCAUUGUUUGAUGAACAGAAAUUCUGGACUCGGUGAUGUGAUCGACAGACACAUACAUGUACAGUCACAUGUAUAUAUAUGUAUAUACAUACGUACAUAUGUUGAUAUAAUGUGGUUGCUUGUAAGUGUAAUAUUAAUAAGCACACAAAGCAUAUGUUUAUUAUGUAUUUAUAUAUAUUGUGCUAUACAUAUACAUAUACAUAUACAU